CCAACUUUUAUAGUGCAUCCAUAGGAAGCGUCUCCACUACACCCUUUCACCACGCAGGAGAGAGACUGAAGAUGUAGGCAGCUGGCAAAUGUGAAAGCGAUGAAGAGGUGUUGUGAGGCUGACAGUGCUUUUUAUAGAGCGUGUGUUUUCUGGGAAGACGUAAGAAGGGAGAUAAACAAGUGAUGACUGUGGCAAGCUGAGAAAUAGCUGCGGCAGACCAAGAUGUGCCAAAGAGAAGAUCACUGCAAAAAGGUCCUCAGCCUCCAUCAGCCACCAGCCACAUUGUAGCAGUGCAGGUGUUGCCAUGAGGAUCAGGAGGUGUCCUGUCUGCUUUGCUGUUUAUCUUUUGAUCCUGCUGGGUAACACGAGAGAGAGCCUAAUAUGUGGGCAGAGCACACACUUUAAGAGAACUGUCAAGCCAGUUGCUGUACAUACAUGCUUCUGAGUAAAAGUACUCCAAAUCCAGGGGACUCUGUGGCACUGAAUGAAUGUAAGAACUGGUGCGUUUGUUGGGUUAGACUCUACUUUUUGAGAGAUGAUGCUCCGACGUGGAUUUCUUGUAUUUGUCCCUCGACUUGCAGGCCUGCUGGUGGUGGCCUUUUGCUCUGUGUCCAUCAUUUAUAUGUUGGCUUGCACACCCAAGGGUGAUACUGAGCAGCUUGCCUUGCCCAGGGUUCACAGUCCGACUGCAAAGGAGGGAUAUGAAGCUAUUCUGCAGGAGCGAGAAGAGCAGCACCGCAACUACAUCAUCAGCUUGAAGAAACAAAUUGCCCAGUUGAAGGCUGAGCUCCAGGGCAAGAGUGAGCAGCUUAAGAGCAUGCAGGACCAAAACCCAAACCCUUUGGACAUUCGUCUUGACCACAGUAACCCAGAGAAGGCCCAGGUUAAUCUGCUGGCUUUCCUCCGUGCCCAAAUAGACAAAGCAGAGGUGCACAGUGGUGUUAAGCUGUCCACAGAGUAUGCAGCUGUACCCUUUGAGAGCUUUACCCUACAGAAGGUGUACCAGUUGGAGACAGGGCUGACACGCCACCCGGAAGAGAAACCUGUGAGGAAGGAUAAGCGAGACGAGCUGGUAGAGGUGAUCGAGUUAGCUGUUGGGAAUUUGAACAGUCUGGAGGGAGACAGCAAUACAAAGCACCAUGUAUACACGACUUCUGACUUUGUUGAAGGGAUCUAUCGCACAGAAAAAGACAAAGGCACAUUGUAUGAGCUGACUUUUAAAGGGGACAAAAAACAUCAGUUCAAGAAGGUUGUUCUAUUUCGGCCGUUUGGCCCAGUAAUGAAAGUGAAAAAUGAAAAUGUCAAUAUGGCUGACUCACUUAUUAAUGUCAUUGUGCCAUUGGCCAAGAGAGCCAGCAAGUUUCGUCAAUUCAUGCAGAAUUUCAGGGAAAUGGGCAUUCAGCAGGAUGGGAGAAUUCACCUCACAGUUGUUUACUUUGGAAAAGAACAAGUGAAUGAGGUCAAAUCUAUACUUGAAAAUACCUCCAAAUCAACCAAUUUCAAGAACUUCACUUUCAUCCAACUGAAUGAAGAGUUUUCCAGGGGCAAAGGAUUAGAUGUUGGUGCUCGAGUUUGGAAGGGAAGUAAUGUUGUUCUCUUUUUUUGUGAUGUGGACAUAUACUUCACAGCUGAAUUUCUGAACUCCUGUAGAUUGAACACACAGCCAGGAAAGAAAGUUUUCUAUCCUGUACUCUUCAGCCAGUAUAAUCCCAGUAUAAUUUAUGGCCAUCAAGAUUCCAUCCCAUCUUUAGAACAGCAGCUGAUUAUUAAAAAAGAAACUGGAUUUUGGAGGGACUUUGGUUUUGGAAUGACUUGCCAGUACAGAUCUGAUUUUAUCAACAUAGGUGGCUUUGAUCUGGACAUUAAAGGCUGGGGUGGUGAAGAUGUACAUCUGUACCGCAAAUACCUUCACAGCAAUCUCAUCGUGAUCAGAACACCCGUCAGGGGUCUCUUCCAUCUCUGGCAUGAAAAACAAUGUCUGGACGAGCUGACCCCAGAGCAGUACAAAAUGUGCAUGCAAUCCAAAGCCAUGAAUGAGGCUUCUCACGGCCAGCUAGGGAUGCUUGUAUUCAGGCAAGAGAUUGAAACUCACCUCCACAGACAGAAACUGAGCAGUAAGAAGACCUGAAGCCAGAAAUUUCCUAACAAAAGAUGGGUUAAGACUGAAAGAGAAAGAAGAUUACAACGGGCUGGAAGCGAAAGCAGAUGAGGGAAAGCGCUUGUCCUCACUUCUUCUGACUUUUCUUAAUAGGGCUUUUAAAUUCUCUAUUAGCUUGUCCAGCACUUGCUUCCAGGGGAGACAUGAACACUUGGUGAGAUUAAAAGUCAUGGAGACAAUGAAUGUUUCAUAAAUAUCUGUGUGAUACAGUAAUGAAGGAGAUGCUCUUCCACUGGAAUGUUUGUAAGAUGCAUGCAGUUGUUUAAAAAAUUGACCCUCCUGUGGAACAGUAAUAAUGAGCUAUUUUCUACGUAUCUAAGAAGGGCUAUGUUCAAAGAUAAAGAGUUCCUGCUCUGAAAAGGAAAUCUGAUGAUUAACAGUGAUUUGGAGUGACCAAAAGUCUUUUUUCCUUUUUGGGACUUGGGUGGGGGGGACAGCUGCAGUGUACUUACAGGAUUAUUCACCAGUUGAUUCAGUGACAAGAGGCAUUUCAGUGCUUUUUAAAAUUCAGAAAGAGAAAACCUUGCCAGUCAACUGUGAUUUUUUUGAGAACAUGUGAGGUUAGUGUUGAUUCUAUUUUGUGGACAGUAAACCAAAAGCAAUUGGCAGUAUCACAUACGUCUGUAUCACAUGAAUCAGAUGGUGUAUUUCUGCUUUGGAAUACUGUAAGUAUCUCAACAUUCUUUUUUUUUAAAAUGGAUUUGAUUUUGCCCGGGAAUUAUGUUGUCAAUACUUGGGCUUUCAAAUUCUAGCCUUACUAGGAAACAAUACAACCUUCCAAUGCUUGGAAAAUGCUCUGCAGAUCUGUUUCUCCUGGAUGGGACCUUUAUUCAGAUAAAUGAAUUGAUUUUACUGUAGAAUCUGAGUGCUGGAAAGAAGAAACGUAUUUCAUAUUUCAACUUGGAGUACUGGUUUAGCAGGAAACUUGAAAUUCUGAACGCCAGUUAAAAAAAAUUAAUGAAAACUUUCUUACUUUAUACCAAAGUAUUCCAUCUGAACCAAAUGUAGAAUCUUGCCGAGGGUAUAGCAGAUUUUGUAAUUAACAAAAUAGAUUUUUUUUUAUGAAUAACUGAACCCUGGAAAUUCUCUUAUAGUAAUUGUGUGUGCAUGAAAUUAGCCACCUUAAUGGAUUUUUUUUUUUUCAAUGAUCUAAAACUGUUCCAAGUGAGCUAUUGUUGUUGUGGAUCGGUUUAAUGCUGACUGCUGUUUAUCAUUUCAAUGUUCAAUAGCCAACAAAAAAUGCAUGGGUUUGUCAAUCCCUUUUAUUUACCUAAAUGCUGUUUCUCCCAGUGGUCUCUUUGUUUUAUAGCUUCACAUUAGAUCAAGGCUGUCUGAAAUUAGAUGCUGAUGUGGUUUUGGGUUGUAAAAGCUAGGGGCAACAAGUAUAAAAGAUAGCAAUUAUGAAUGAAUAAAAUGCCAUUUGACCUUUUGCUGAGUGAUAGGAAGAGUGCUCGUGAACCUCUCUAGAAAGCACUGCAUGCAGAAUCUGCAGAGAACGUGCUACUACUGUUAGUACGUCUUCCUUUGAUGUACGUUUACAUAUUUGCCUUUUGUUAGAUGCAAGUGAUCUUCAUUGCACUUUCCAUGUGGAACACCAAACAUGUCCCAGAGCAGUGCAAAAAUAAACAAGGAUCCACUGGAAAGAGAACUCUGUGCUUAGAAAAGAACCCUUAAUGCAUCACUUAAAAUGCCGUCAGCAAUAAUUCAAGUAGAUCUUCCCGUGAAUGUUUUCAUUUCCAGCAUGUAUGAUACAUGGUUUAAGUUAAUCUCUUCUGAUGAAGAAAUCUGUCAAAUGUUAUUGUACUGGGAGGAGUCAGGCACAUUGAAUGCAUCUGAGGGCUGUGAUCCCUGCUGUUCCAAAGUGAAAGCUUUUCCUACAGUCCCAUUUAACUUGGAUUUGAAAAUGGAUGAUGCAUAUAGUAGAAAUUUCACAAUUGCAACCUGCUUUGAACUUGACCUUGUCUAUUUCCUGUGAUAUUUUCCAUCAUCUUCUGUUGGGUAUAACCUAAGCCCUGAGCAGCUUAAUGUUACUCUAAGGUUGGCAGGUCCUACAUGUUGAGUAUGCCUGGAUGAUCUCCAGAAGUCCAUUCAAACCUAUAUUAGUUUCUAAUUCUAAGCUUUGGGCAUCUGUAAGUUCAACACAUUGCUGCUUUGCGUAUAGCACAUCAUCAAGCCCCUGUCAAAGUUGCACAAGUUAUGGGUUUUGU